GUGGACGGGUCGUUUAACUCGAAUCUCCAACUCGUAAUUAUUCGAUCGGUAUCCGGAUAGAUUGACCUGACAUUUGUAUAUUUGGACGAGAGAAUUCAGACGUCAGGGUGCGCAGUGGUCAGUGCGCAUUGUUGAACCGAAACACAGUGAGCGGAUCAGUGGGAGAGUCGAGUGUAAUGUCUGAUAAGACGAGCGAUGGACAGCCGUGAGAGUGGAUGAUCGUAUUUUCAGUUUUGACAGUUCUACGUACAAGUGACUGAAAAUAAACCGGUAUACAUGAAAACCAUCGUAAUCGCGUGUAAUAUGUAUGGUUCAACGUGGCAUUAAUCGGGGUGGUCUAACGAAGGACUAAUUCAAAAAAUCGCACGGACAGAAAAAAAGCACAAGUGGUCGGUGUGUGUGCGCGUUGUAUCGUGGGCAUUACGUGUCUUUCGACGGAUAGACACCCAACCAUAACGAACGAGUUUGUCUUUCAUUGAAAAGAAAAGAAUAAAAUUCACACAAAACGCUAAAUAUCUAUCUUCAGUUCUGUUUUUCCCCAUUAACAGACAAAGGCUGAUUUUGGUAUUGCCUUUGAGGACUAGAUAUAGCACUGCCUCUCUUUUUCCCUCUCUUUCAAUCUUAUUCUCGAGGGACGAGGAAGAAGAAUGGAGGCGAUAGCAAAGCACGAUUUCACGGCGACGGCUGAGGAUGAGCUUAGUUUUCGUAGAAGCCAAAUCCUAAAGAUCUUAAACAUGGAGGAUGACAUGAAUUGGUACAGAGCUGAAUUAGACUCCAGAGAAGGACUCAUUCCAAGUAAUUAUAUAGAGAUGAAAAAUCAUGACUGGUACUAUGGAAGGAUAACCAGAGCAGAUGCAGAGAGAUUACUAAUGAACAAACAUGAAGGCGCCUUUCUUAUUAGAAUCAGUGAAAGUUCUCCUGGUGAUUUCUCCUUGUCUGUAAAAUGUUCAGAUGGUGUUCAACAUUUCAAAGUAUUAAGAGAUGCUCAAGGUAAAUUCUUCCUCUGGGUGGUCAAGUUUAACAGUCUUAAUGAAUUAGUAGAAUAUCAUCGUACAGCAUCUGUAUCUCGUUCACAAGAUGUUAAAUUAAGGGAUAUGGUGCCAGAAGAAUGUUUAGUCCAAGCAUUAUAUGACUUUCAACCUCAAGAACCUGGUGAACUUGAAUUCAAACGAGGUGAUGUAAUAACUGUUACUGAUCGUACAGACCAACACUGGUGGCAUGGAGAAAUUGGUAACAGACGAGGCCUGUUUCCUUCUACAUAUGUUACUCCAUAUCACUCCUAGGCCUCAUGUUGUGCACACAGAGGCCAAAGGCAUCGGCCGCAUUAUCCCACCACUAUCACGUACAGGAUCAGACUUACUGCAGAACUAAUCAACAACAUUUUGCAAACUCCGCCUAUCGAAUGGGCUACCAGGAUGUAUUGGUGGUCUAGACGUAGAGUUGUUUAAAUGGACUCGAUAUUAUCGCUAAUACUUUUUAUUGGUCUCACUGAAAAACAUUCUCAGUGUUUAGUAAUUUAUAUAAACAAACGUAGAGUUCCUGAUAUAGCAUAUAACAGGGUAGCAUGUCUUUUUUGUUAUUGGGUCUAUAAAGAAAAUUUUUCAUUGGGACUGAUACUACUAGCCAACGUUUCCGAUAGACAAUUGUGUUAUACAAUAGGCACCUAGUUUGGUUACCUUAAAUUUCAUUUUUGUGAAUACUCUGGUAGAAAAUAGAUGUGGAAGUAAAUUUACAGUAUUUAUAUAUGACAAAUGAAAUUUUAAAUGGUGUUUCGUAUAUCUUGGUAGUCCAUUGAUGGAGUAUGUGUAUGAAAAUAUAUAACAUUAACUAUAUACAUCAGUGAUGACAAAUAUCGGUCGUAUUAAAGAGGAAAAUGCCUAUUGUUUCGAAAGACAGGUUUAUAAGCGGGCUGGUAUAAACAUUGUAUUUUUUAAUACGAAUUUGUUGUUCGAGAAACGGGGACCUUGGUGAUAAAGAGCCUAAGUAAGCUAUCCAUAUACGAGAUACGAGAACUUUAUAUAGAUAUAGCAUUAAAACGCGUCGCCAUUUGGCAUAAAAUGCACACCAUUUUGCCUCUAUGUUGUGAAUAUUUUUACAAAUGUUUGGGGAAGAGAGUAUUCUUCCAGCGGUUAAGAUACAUCUGAUAUUAUGACAUCAGAUAUACUUGCUGUGUAUCAUAUAUAGACUUGUAUUAUUCAGACUGUAUGUGGAAUAAUCAUUCUUGCAUCUCUCGAAGUAAAUUUUCUGAAGUAUUAGCAAAAGAAUAGCAGCAGCUAAAAGUAGCUGUUUUGCUUUUUAAUUUUUUCCAAUCGAAUGCAAAUGAUUGGAAAAUUUGAUUUUUACCAUUGUCAACUAUGCUAUGAAACAUAGUUUCUUGGGUCAUAGUUUCUUCAUAGUGUUUUCUCUUUUGGAGAUUUUAUGAUGAAGAAAAGGGAACGAGAACACAAGUUUUUUUACACAAACGUCAUACAUACGUAUUCAUAUUGAGACUCAAACACAACGACUGAUUUAUCCUUUGUAAUUUAAGAAAUAUUAGUAAUGGAAAGAACGUAGAAAAUUAGAAUAAAUGUAUAAAUUUUUGCAUGAGAAAUUCAUUUGAUUUCACAUUAUUUACUGUCUUCGCAACGAAAAAUUAUGUUCCGUAAUGCAUUUCACUGACAUGCCAAAAAGCGAUAUACGUAUAUACGAUUAAUAUAAAAUCGGCCGUGCGAGAUAGACUUGACUUUUGAGCGAAUGGUAUGUAUAACGUUUUUGUUUCAAAAUCUAUCAAUUUUAAAAGAGUGAAAGUUCGUGUAUAUUUUUUAAAUACUUCUUUUUAUCUAAUUAUUUCGACAAUCUUGCUUUCUUAUUUCCGUGUAAACAAUAAAGAUCUGUAGUCUUAUUGUGUAAUUAUUAUUAUUCGUUAUGUUUACAUUUUAUUGAUAACAAUAUAUUAUAUUAAUUACUCUUGCAUGCAUUAUUUACUUAUGCCCAUCUACCAUAAUUAUUUUUUAAAAUUACAACUUUAUAUGACUAAAGUGAUAUUUUAGCUCAUCUAACUGCUUUGCAAAAUAUCAUAUAAAUAAGUAAUCUUAUAUGCUUAUGCAUGCACUAUAUUCAAAAUAAGUGAAAAAAGAAAGCAAAUAUUAAAAGGAAUAAGUUUUCUUUUCUUACUAUGGAAAAUGAAAAGAAAAAACCUGUUUGUUGUUAAAUUGUGUUCCACUAAUAUAUCGAGACAUUUUUUUAUUAUUAAUAGUUUUUUAAAUUAGUUACUAUAUUUUAUAUAGUUCCUGGAAAAAAGUGACUCUUAUAUUAAUGAAAUUGGAAAUUUGUAACAGGAUACAAAUAAUAUACUAAUGUUCACUUUUUAUAAAGUUUAAAUUUGGAGAAACAUAGCGAUUAAUUAUAUUAUUUAAGUUUGAAAUGUUUAAAACGCAAAUUUAUGUACUUUAUUCUAACUUUAUGGUUAAUGUUACUGAGAGUAUAAAUAUAGUAUAGUUGAAUCUUGUCAAGGGCUUCUUAAAAUUAGUAGCUUAGAUUAUAAGCAUAUAACAUUAGAUUCACUUGCCUUCUGUACUUAAGAGGAAUUUAUUGUUACAAAUAUUCGUUGUGCACAAUUUAUUAUUCUUACUGUUUCAGUUUUUUAUUGCAAUUACUUUAUUGACAUGUGUGAUCUAUAUUUGUUCUUUUAAUUACCAUAUAUUAAAUGUUAAAACAAAGUCUUUAAGACAGCAACAAAUAAAGCAAUAUACAAAUAUAGUUGUUAUAAAUAUUGCUUUGAAACUAUAUGUGUACAAUUGCUUAAAUGAAUUUGGAAUUAAGUUGUCUUAUGACAACGGUAUACCAUGACACAUUUGGACCAAGAAAUGUAUAAUAAUGAAAUGUAAUAAAAGAUAUGUUUGAACAAA